AUGAAGGAGGAAUCCACCCGAGACACGCCUGAAGGCUCAACGGCUGAAGACCCUGGCUCCAAGGCCAACCUCGCCGCAAAAGAUCGCAAAUGCCAGUACUGCCAGCAAGCAUUCACCUCCUCAUCUUUGGGUCGCCACCUCGAUCAAUUCUUGUUCAAAAAGAAACCCGACGGCGUUCACGAUGUGGAAGAGAUUCGGCGACUUCGGAGUGGGAUCACGAGGCGGCAGGCCAGGACAUCUGCGGGAAGGACGGACGCGAGCCCUGACCGAAGCCAGAGAAAGAGCUCUGUAGAUCCAUCCACGACCGUCGAACCCAGUGCGAAGUCGCGCGACGCUCCAGUGCGCAUGAUGUUCAACACCCCCACUUGGCAUGCGACUGGGGUGAUCAAUGAUAUCCCGAACCCGAGUCGCGUGCCGGAUGGACCACGCAUCACUCCUUCGCAGUCUCGCAACGUCUCGCUCCAGCUGCCAGAUUAUGCGAGUCGAGGAGGGAGUGCCAGCAGCCCGGAUACCAUGCGAGCGCUGGAGCUGGCCUUGCGUGAAGUGCUUGAUAACAUUAAAGCAGCAACGUACGUUGGACCAAACCCUGUCACUCAUCUCCACCCCGGCUCACUGAAUUUUAGUGUCCGCUCACCACCUCGGUUGACCCCAUUCGACUUCGAAAUCCAAUCGCAGACCUUCCCUUCCCUAUGCUUGCGCCUGCUACCUCCUCCGCCGAGCCUGUUUGCAACCAAUCCGUUUCCCUCCUCAUCCUCGUUCCCACUUCAACCACCGGGUGCCGACUAUGUUGAUACAGUCCGACAAGCGCUGCGGUCCCAAGUUGCGCAAUGGCACACAGAUCAGCUUGCAGCAGAUCCAGCUGUUGCACUCCACGCUAGACAUGGAAGUAACGGAGUGGACACGGGCAUGCUAUACCGCAGCAUGCAACAGCAUGAAGAUAUCAGUCUGCGACACCUAGAAUUAGCCUUCAAUCACUGGAACUCGCUCUCGCAUGAGGUUCGUCGCGACGCGUGGCAGCUGGAAAUCAUGCGCGCGUUUGCACGGGAAUCCGAGAAACGCAAAUCAGUGGAUGACCAGCUUGCCCGUGUACAGCAAGAAGCAAACCAACUCCGUGCACAGGUUGAGCGCCUCGGUUCAUGCCAGUGGCCUCGCGAGUUUGCUCUCUUCCCACCCGACACACUACCCCUGCCGCGGCAGGUUACGCGCGAAUUGGACGCGCAGGAUAGUAGCAACAUCGGUCCUAACUCAUCUCGGUGGGACUAUGAUAAUGUCGUCGCCAAGUGGAAGCGGGUUGUCAUGCACGACAAGGGCAUGGGCCGCAUUGGGGUUGGUUAUGGGGGACAUGGGGAAGAUCAUAACCUUCAGCAAAGCCCUGAUAUUCGGCCACCACGCCCCGGCGAAGAUACUACUUCCCACCCGAACCGCCUGCGGCCUUUGCAGUCUACAGCAACCAGGAGUCCUGAUGUAGGUGCUGCAUCUACUCCUGCGUCAUCGACCCAUUACGCCUCGCCCCACUCUUAUGCAGAUCCUCGCAGCCCAUCUGGCGCCUUGCCCCCAGUAAGUGGGCUGCCGCCAGCCAAGCGGCCGCGGUUGAUGAACGGCUCAGAAGAUCAUCCUGAGACCGGACCUUCUCCUCAUCCCGCCAGCAAACCAUGGACAUCGUCGACUCCCCACCUGUCCAACAUCGCUGCCCCCUCGGGACAGACCCCUCCAACUCGACCUUAG